AGUAACACAGAGUGAACUUCAAUUUACUAAACAAGUUGAGUAUAAAUUCUCAUGAGAUCAAGGAUGACUCUCGUACCGAGGCUGUUCUCUCACUGGUGGGAACACUUGGAUCGUCCUCAUCGGCUGCUGGACCAGAACUUCGGCCUGGCCCUUCGUCCCGAACAGUUCAUCAGGGACUUUGACAAGAUGACCGACAGGAUGCUCCGCGAUUUCGACAGGAACUUGGCAGCAACCUAUUACAGACCCUGGGCAGACCUGAUGAGAGACGACAACGCUGGUUAUUCAGUGGUUAAAGAUGACAAGGACAAGUUCGCAGUUUCCCUCGAUGUCCAGCAGUUCAAACCAGAGGAGGUCAACGUCAAGGUCGUCGACAACUACAUCGUGAUCGAGGGCAAGCACGAGGAAAAGAAGGACGAUCAUGGCAUGAUAUCUCGCCACUUCGUCAGGAAGUACCUGGUGCCAGAGCAGUGUGAUCCAGACAAGGCCUCCAGUACCUUGUCAUCUGAUGGGGUCCUCAGCAUCACAGUGCCCAGGAAACCGGAGGCCAUUGAGCAGAAGAAGGAGAAACCCAUCUCCAUCGAGCACACGGGGAAACCUGCCGUUGAGAAUAAGAUAGAGGAGCCUGUCAAAAUUGCUGCUGAGCAGUGAGGAGGGUCAACGUGGGUCACUGCAACUUCUGCCAUAGAAAAUCCCAAAAAUCAGUGUGUGGUGUUACGUACAUAAGAAAAUUUCUACGUUCAUUUCAUUUUUUUUUAUAUUUUUCGAAAAAGUAGUUUGAUCACCGAGUUACUUCAUUUAUUCAUUCAUAAAUGUUUGAGAAAGUGUUAAUUUUUGUGUAACUUGAGAGGAGUAUUAAUAAAUAAAUUUAAAAAAAAGAAGAAAAAUGUAUAAAAAUGAA